AUGGGACUUAUGUCCUACUUUCUCGGCUUGGAGGUGAAACAAGGAGUUGAUGACAUAUUUAUGUCUCCAGAACAAUAUGCAAAAGAGGUCCUCAAGAGAUUUAGAAUGGAUGAUUGUAAUCUAGUUAACACACUGGUGAACUGUGGAACAAAGCUAUCCAAGAGUGACGAAAGAAAGACGGUUGAUCCCACACGUUUCAAAAGUUUGGUGGGAAGCUUGCGGUACAUAACUUGCACUCGACCGGAUAUAUUAUAUGGAGUUAGUCUUGUGAGCAGGUUCAUAGAAGAGCCUAAAGAGACUUAUUGGAAGGCAGUCAAGCGAAUCCUUCGUUAUGUCCGAGAUAGUGAUUGGGGUGGAGACUGUGAUGACCAGAGAAGCACUUCCGACUUUGCAUUUUUCGUUGGAGAUAUAUCAUUUUCUUGGAUGUCAAAAAAAUAA